AUGCCUGGCCUUUUCUCGAGAAGGUCCAAAGCAAAAGCACCCGCACAAGUGUCUACAUACAAGGGAUACUAUGGUGCAGUCAGCUCUGCUGAUAUAGAUCGUUUAGGACUCUCGUCGCCCACACCUAGCACAGCCGAUGCACAGCUGCUACCGAGUGUACCCACGAAGGAUGAUUUGCCUCCGCCCCCACCCAAGGAUACAACGUACAGCCCUGCCUCUCAGCCUCAACACGUCGACGUCUCGAUGAGUCGUCAAUCUUCUCGGGCUUCUCCUUCUCUCAACCCACCCGUUUCCGGCUCUGCAAGCAUGAACGAAUUUGGUCAGAUGCAGCCGCAGACCACUUCGAGAUCUUUUACCAUCGCUGCUUCUUCCUUUCCCGCGGACAAAUCGUAUCUUCAAUCGGCUUCUACCUCUACCCUUGGCGGCAGUCGGCGGCUCGCGCCUCCACCAAUGCUCCACACCGUCUCAUCACGAUCGCAACUCGGUCGUCCUACCUCAUCAUCUUCUUCGGCACAUGACGAGUCGGCUAACUACGCUCUAGCGGCCGCUGCCGCUGCUGCUGCUGCGUCCAAGGCGUCUUACGCGUAUGGAUACACCACAGACGGUUACCAUGUCUACUUGGACGCAGCACGUGUAUCGAUUAUUCUCGAGGCAUGUAGCGAGCAGAUCCGCAAUCGUGGUCUCGACAAUCCCCUCAUCUUUUCCUCCAUGGCGCUAGACCUCUCACCUUCCAAUGUCGCUUCAUUGAUCAAGCUCUUCACGUCCGCAUCAGCUGGCUCACGCAGCAUCCCGCCCGCUUUCUUUGACGAGAUCCGGUAUGCCAAUCCGCACGACCUUGCCGCCUUCAUCAAGUGGGCUUUCGCUCGCAUGGGCCGUGUGCUUGCUGUACCCGUACCCGCACCGGGCCCCAAGAAGGGUGAGAUGCGCGAAGAGAUGGUCUACGUCCAACAGCGCGGCUUCCUCGACCUUGAGGUCUACAACGCCUGGCGAGAGCAGGAGCGCAAACAACAGUAUUCAGCAACCGCGUUCAAAGACUUUGUCUCCCGCCUCGGGCCGGAGAAUGCCAAGCUGCUCAGCUCCUUGUUCUCGCUCCUCUCUUCCACGGCCAGCUACUCGCUCAAGAACGGUAUGAUGCCUGCAAAGCUGUGCAAGCAUUUUGGUCCCUUGCUCUUUGGUCUGCCCGAGGACGAAACGUUUGCCCGCACCUACGAUGCCUAUGUCCGAGCGAGCAAUGCUACCGAGCAUCUGCUGCUCGCCUUCAUUCGGUUCCAGGCCACCUUGGCGACUUUGCCACCGAGACUCGCACAGCACGUCAGCGGAUAUCCGUCCAUCCUUCCUGCCGAGAUGACGCUUCCCUCAGCUUCGUCCAAGCUGGUCCCCUUGACGCAGAUUGAGCGCAACGUGCGUCUAUACAGCACUGACCUCGUCCAGUCCGCAUGCGAAAUCGAUGUCACCGAGCCAUGCCCCGAAUGGGAGGCCUGCCGCACCUCCAAUGAAGCGCUCGGCAAAGAUCCUCAGCUCUCGGACAAAUUCCGCAAACUGAUCAACCUUCGGGGUGGUGCCCUGCAAGGCCGCAGAGGCGGUGCGGCAAAGACGCUUGAUUCGCCGUUCGAAGAGGAAGACGCUGUAGUGGGUCAUUCUUCGCUCGUCAGCAAGCAGUGGGACAAUUUCAUGUCUGGCGGAUUCGCUGCUCCGGACUCGUCCAAGCUCGCCUUUGAUCUCAACGAGUCAGCGCGUCGCAACCGCGUCACCAAACGCGAAACAGUCCAGUGGAACGAGUUCUCCAAGGAUGGAUUUCAGAACGAGGAGGAAGACACCUUGGCCGACGUGCUCAGCUUCGACGAUGUGCUCAAACAGGAUGUGCAGAACUGGCCUUCGGAACGCGAUCACUUGCACGCCAAGCUCAAGUCGAGACAGGACAAGCUGCCUGCCUUCAACUACGAUACGACGCCUCGACUGCUGGCGAGCCCGACGCUGGCAGGUACUCCGCAGGGCAAGCUGGACAACCACCCUAUCAGCCGCAUGGACGAGACGUUUGCCGAUGUCUGGGCCGACUAUCUCUUGGGUAAUGGCUGGAGCAAUCGCGACGAGCUCACUCAUCGCAAUGCUAGCUUUGUCGUCGUGCAGUACAAGUCUCGACCCAACGCGAGCACUGUUGGCUCGCAAAGUGCUGGCUCGAGCUUGUCGGCUCCAACGCACUUUCAAGUCUCGGCGAGAACUGACGAGAACGGACCCAAGGACGAGCGUGUCGAUGCUGCCUGGUUCGUGAUCCAGGAGGUGGUGCCGGCCCAGUAUCGGGCCGACUUGGAGGCGUCGGGCCGCGGUACGUUCAAGGGUUUGGCGAUGAUCCGCAAAUUUGCCACGUUCCGUUCGCGCAAGGACAAGGAGAAGGCCAAUGGCAGUACCAAUGGCAAUGGCAGUGCGCACGAGAAGUUCUUGGAUCUCACUGCUGCCGACGAUGAUGUUUUUAGGCCAGGCACAGGCGGUACGACGAAACGGAUCCUGCUCAGCGAUCAGCUCAAGCGCAAUGGAUCCAAGAACGCCUCCCACAGCACGCUUCGAAGCAACCGUACCAGCGUCGAUCGGGAACGGCCGGGCAGUGCGCUUGCCCAGUCCAAGUACGACGAGAGCACCGGCGAUGCGGAUGCUGCUCUUUACGGCCACACAACCUUCCGCAGCGAAGGCCACCAGACGGGCAGCAAGCUCAUGUCGACGUUGCGUGCCAAGAGCAUGCGCGUAGUCAAAUCGGCGCGGAGGGGGGCUUCGAGCCCAGCGCUCAAGUCGCAUGCUUCGGCCGGCGCGGUCGACGAGUUUGGUGCAGAGCCUGCAUCUGCUGGUGCUGGUGCUCUGCAGCAGGGCGACGUGCUCGCGGACCGGUCGUUUACGAGCGCGGACUUUGAGACGCGUAGUGUUGCCACGGAUGCUGGGGGUGACGGUGCUGAUGAUGAUGCGAGCAUUGCGUCGUCUUCUGAGGGCGGGGCGGCGAAAAGGAAGCCGAGCAAGGCCAAGGCGAGGGGUGGCGCGAAGAGACAGACGGGCGGGAGGGAUGAUGCGUGGAUUGAUAUCUUGGUCAAGUCCAACGGUCAUCGGAUGACGGGGCAGGAUGCACCUGCCCCGUCGACCAGGAAGACCUCGCUGGGUUUGUUUUCUCAUGACGUUGAGCCGCAGCACGGUGCUUCUACGCCUCGUAUGGGAAGGAUGCGCGUCUCGGCCUCCGACGAGACGUUGGAGGCCGGCAAUGCGGGUGGAGCACCGCGGUCGUCGACUCCUCCUCAAAUGGGGUCGAGUGCUGGGACCACACCCGAAGCGCGGCAGGUUGAAGACCUGGGACUGAGCCGCAUCGACUCGAGGUCUUCUUCUGGCCACGGCGAGCCGGCGAGCCAGAUCCUAGCCGACACAUCGGCCGAUCGCGCCGAUGUGUCCUCCGACAUCCCCAUGCGCGAUGCAUCGUUGCGAGACAUGACGCCUGUCUCGCCCAUCACGGCACUGAAACCCGCGCCGGCCAUCGAUCCCGUCGCAGCCGCGCGCGCCGCGCUCAAGUCGCGCAGGGAAACGCCCGCGCGUGCACCGGCGCAGAUCGAUACCAAGAAGCUGGUCGAGUCGCUGCGUGCGGGUCUGUCCCCCAUCGAGGCGGUGCGUGCGAGCAAGGAGCAGCGUUCCAUGUCGCCGGGCUCGCCGUCGCAGAGCGUAGAGCUGCCCAAGGUCGAGCCGCCAAAGGGGUACCGGGAUCCGUUUGCGAAGGACCCGGUGGCCGGGCGGGUGGCGGAUGUGGCGUCGCGCUUUGGCGGUCGGGCUGCGGGCAGUGCAGCGGGUGCCGCCGGUGCCGGUGCCGGAGCGGGGGAGAGUGGAAUUCCUGUGCUGGCGAAGAAGAGGGAGGUGGAGAAGCCGUUGCCUGCGUCGCCUGCUUCGACUGCGAACAUGACCUUGAGCGGUGGUGCGCAGCCGAGCGGGGAGGUGGCGGUCGCAGGGCAGCGCACUUCGAUCGACUCGACACGCGACCCGGAUGAGAUAUACCCCGAAGACGCCGCGAGCAACUUUGACCCUCGCGACUCGCACCCGGGCAGUAGCGUCGACAGCCCGCUGUUUGCACCCAAGCCCCUGGAUGGCGGAGAAGGCGGAGAGGUGGAGAACCUGACGCAUCCGGACGAGGCGUAUGCCUGGCGUGGCCGCGGAGAGCCUGCUGUGGUCCAGCAGGGCGAGAAGGGUGCAGGCGCAGGCGAGGGCGAGACCCCGUCGCGCUUUGCGCAGCCGUACCAGCCGGGCAUGCCGUUGGACAACGUGCUCGAGGAGAGCGAGAGCGUCGUCAGUGGGUAUACCAAUGCUUGA